AUGAGCGGCGGUGGUGGUCUAAAGGCGGAUGAUUGUGAGUUGUUUGUGGCGGUGGCUGUGAAGGGUAUCAUCGGAGAUAAACUCGGCGGCGCAGGAAGCCGCCGGGCCGUACGAAUGGUGGUUGUUGCAGUCGGAGAGAGAUUACUGGUGGAGGAAGUGGAGGAGAGAUUGGUGGAAAUGUAUGUGAGAGACGUGAAACAAGAAUUUGAAACAGUCUUUGUUCCCUUUUUGAAAAUGUGCAAGACUAGUAGUAGCAGCAAGCGAGACCAAGUUGACUCAACAGCAAUCGCCGCUGGAAGUAACCAGCACAAGCGAAGCAAUAUGGAGGUUGAGCUAGAGUCACUGAGAAAUUCAUUGAUCUCAAUGCCCUCGGUGGUGAAACCGAGCUUCUCUCACUCGAAUGGAUUGAAAAACUUCUAG